AUGGCAGAGGUGGGAGUGUCGUUAGCGGCGAAACUUGCUGAAUAUCUAGUGGAUCCAACUUUACGGCGGUUGCAGUAUUUGUUCUGUGUCGGCAAAAUCACCAAAAACGUUCAGAUCAGAAAGGAGGAGCUGAUACUCAAGCAAGGAAGGGUACAGGAACGUGUUCAAGAGGCCAUCAACAGGACUGAGAGGAUUGAUGGUGAGGUUGACAGGUGGAAGAAUGAUGUAAAGAGUCUCAUAGCAGAGGUGGAGGAAUUGGAGGACGAACUAGGGGCCAACAAUGGCUGUCAUCGACGAUGGUAUCCUACUUGGAGGAGAUAUUGUCUCUGCAAAAAGUUGGCUAAGACAACCCAGAGGAUGAUUGAUCUAAACACAAAGAGUGAUCGCUUCAAUCCAUUUUCUCAUCCUGUUAUUAUUCAAGGCAUAGAAUAUCACUCUUCUAAAGGUUUUAUGUUCUUUGAGUCAACGAAAAAAGCACAUGAUGAACUAUGGGCAGCAUUGCAAGAUGAUGAUAGCUCUAUGAUCGGGUUGUGGGGUAUGGGCGGUUCAGGCAAAACCACAUUGGUAAAGGAAAUAGGAAAGAAAGCCAAAGAAUCAAAGCUAUGUGAUGAAGUUAUAAUUGCAACAGUAACCCAAACUCUAAAUAUCAGGAAGAUUCAAGGUCAAAUUGCGGACUUAUUGGGACUUGAGCUGAAGCAAGAAACUGAAGAGGGAAGGGCAAGAAGAAUUGCAUUGAAAUUACAAAGUUCAAACAAACGAAUUUUGAUUAUAUUAGAUGAUGUAUGGGAUACGCUGAACCUUGAGGAUAUAGGGAAUCCCUAUAGGGAUGAAGGUCCAAGAAACUGUAAAAUUCUUCUCACCACACGUCGUCAAGAAGUGUGUACUAUGAUGGAUUGCCAGAAAACAAUUUCCCUGGGUUUGUUAACAGAAGGUGAAGCUUGGGAUCUAUUUCAAACUCAUGGUAGAGUAGAUGAUGGUGUUAGAAAAGUGGCUCAAGAAGUUGUCGCUGAAUGUAAGGGACUACCCAUUGCAAUUGUGGCCAUGGGAAAGUGCUUAAGAAGAAAAGGACUUGAUGAGAUGAAUGUAGUAUUGCACAGGUUGAGACAUUCAAAGCCACUUGAUGAGGAUAAAGCUUUUACUUGUCUCAAGUUAAGCUACGAUUACUUGAGAAAUGCAGAGGCUAAGUUGUUGUUCUUGGUAUGCGCCAUGUUUCCUGAAGAUCAUGAAAUCGAAAUUGAAGAUCUUUUUAGAUAUGGAGUUGGAUUAGGCCUAUGCAAAGAUGCUGACUCAUUUGAAAUAGCAAGGAGCCAAGUUAGAGCAGCUAUAAAUGUUCUCGUUGACUCUUCAUUGUUGAUGUUUUCUGUCAGCUCCAGAAAAGAAAAAUGUGUGAAAAUGCAUGAUAUAGUUCGUGAUGUAGCUUUAUGGGUAGCAACUCAAGAGAAUAGUACCAUUAUGGUAAACAAUGGAAAAGAAUGGAAUAAAUUGAUUUCUGAUGAAGUUAUAAAAGAUUGCUAUGCUAUAUCUUCAUGGUAUGAUGAUGGUAUAUUAUUUCAAUUUUUGUCUCAACUGGGUGCUCCAAAACUUGAGUUUCUAUUAUUAGAUUCUGUGAAACUUGUUGAUGCAUUACAUGCAUCAUUUGAAGGCUCUACAGGACUCAAGGCAUUGAUUAUGAUGUGCAAGUAUUUCCAUAGGAUUGAGCUACAACCUCAAUCAAUUCAACACUUGUCUAAUCUUCAGACUUUGCGAUUGCAAGGUUGGAAUUUACGUGACAUCUCUUUUGUGGUAAGCCUUACAAGACUUGAAAUUCUUGACUUGCGAAGAAGUAUGUUUAAAAGAAUGCCGAAUGGAAUUGAAAAUUUAAACAAGCUGAAGUUGUUAGAUUUGUCAUAUUGUAACAUAGGUGAAUGUUGUUACCAAGUAAUAGGAAGGUGCUCACAGUUAGAAGAGUUGUAUGUUUCCACGCAUUUUCCAAAGUCAAAAAAUGCAAAAUGCUAUGAAUGCCUUAUGGCCCCUAUUGCUUUGAUGAAACUGAGAAGGUAUAGGAUAGAAAUUGGGGGGCGUAACAUAGGCUUGACACCUCAAAAUGAAAGUGCAAGAUAUUUACGCUUUGUUCAGUUAAAUAUCGCCAUGUUAGGUGUAGGAAUCAAGGAUCUUGCACAAAUAGCAACUGCAAUUGAAUGUUAUAAGCUUAAGGGAGGCAGCAGAAGUUUCAUGCCUAAUGUUGUUCAAGCUAGCGGAGGCAUGAAUGAGUUAUCUAAACUCUAUCUUAGAAGGUGUUCAGAGAUGGAAUGCAUUGUUGACAAAAUUAAUGCUCAUGAAGAUGCGAUUGCCCCAAGAUUGGGUGAGUUAGUGCUAACAGACAUGGAUAAUCUUCAACAACUACAUCGUGGUCCUUCUUCUGUUAGCUUGUUCCAAAAGCUAGAAACACUAACUAUAUCCAAUUGCCCUCAGUUGCUCCACAUAUUCCCUGCUGAUUGCAACUUAGGCAAUCUUAAGUUUCUCAAUAUUUUCAGUUGUCCGAGGUUGACAUCUCUCUUCGCUAUCUCUACUAUGUGCACUUUGUUGUCCUUACAAGAGCUCCGAAUAGAAAGUUGCGGUGAACUGAAGCAUGCAUUAGAGGGAGAGGGUGAUGGUGAUGCAUGGGAGAAUUCUAGAUUCCCAAAAUUGAAAAUUUUGUCUAUUGAUAAAUGCCGCAAAUUAGAAUCUGUAUGCCCGGUCUUUUUAGCUCAAAGGUUUGUACAAUUGCAGCGUCUAUCCAUAACAACUGCUCCUCAGAUGAAAUUUGUGUUCGGUGAAAAUGCUGAUGAAGAACAACCACUACGUGACCAAGAUGAGAUUCAAAUAGCUCUUUCUCUUUUGGAAUACCUCACACUGACAAAUCUUCCAAACCUUGUCGGAAUUUGCUCAAAGAGGUAUCAUCUACGGUGGCUAUCUAUAAAGACAAUAGAAGGGGAGGAUUGUCCAAAUCUGGAACUUGAGAGCCAUCCACUGAGGAAUGAAGAACACAGGUCAUUGACAACUAUAGAAAGUAUUCAACUUCAUAACUGUGGAGUAGAAUCCAUUUCCCUCUAUAAGACAGGCUCUGAAGAACAAUUUCCAACAUUUCAAUCCCUUAAAAAACUAGUCUUGCGAAAUCAUGCAAGAUUGAAAUAUGUCUUUUCUGCUCAUAUGUGUCAAAGUCUUCCAGAGUUAACUUCUGUAACCAUAUCUUGCUGUGAGGAGUUGGAGGCAAUCUUUUUGGAGAAUGAAAAGACUCAGAAAAAUCUAGCUAAUGCAGAAUCCUGUCUGCCGAAAUUAAAGAGGUUGGAAGUCUUUGAGUGCAACAAGCUUAAAUUCAUUUUAUCUUUCAUGAUUGGUCCUACUGUCUCAAUGCUUCCACAACUAAGCACUCUAACCGUAUCAGAUUCUUCUCAAAUGGAAGAAAUUUUCAAAUGCUCAAAGGUUGAAGAUCAUCAGAUUGACAGUAGUGAAAAGGAGAUUACAUUACCAAACCUGAAAUCUAUGAGACUUGAGAACUUGCCAAGACUUGUUAAUGUCUGCCAAGGAUUCAAGUUGCAGACAGGGGAGUUUUGCACACUUAACGUUCAUGAAUGCCCAAAACUUAUGCCAAUGAUGGGUGCAACUAUUGAUUGGACUAACGAGCGACUCGUAAGGAAGUAUGUGUUGAAAUACAACCAAUUAAAUAAUAAUGAGGCUCUCAAUCUUCCGCUUUCUGUUCUGAAUGCUGGAGAACUUGAUAUUCGAAGUCCUGGAGUUGAACACAAGUGGCGAGUGAUUGGUGAUGAUGAGCAAGAAGAAACCAAUAACUCAGAAAUGUUGAGAUCAGAAGAACAAAUGGCGAGAGGUCUUGUUCCCACGCAAGUUUUAAGCUUUCAACAUCUUCAUUCCUUAGAAAUUAUUAAAAACAAGAAAUUAAAACAACUAAAACUGAUUAUUAAGCUCUAG